AUGCCGGACAAGCGCAAAACACCCAUGUCGGCCCCUGCACCCAAGCGCCCUCGUAUACACGAGGAUGCCAGCGAUGAAGUGACUUCCCAUGAACAGCCACGGAGUCACCCCGUCUAUGGCCAAAAAAAUGCGUUCCCAGGCUUGGACGACGCUGGAGACGAGCUCUUCUAUGGCCCAGCAGAUGAUGGAUUGGAGUAUUUACGCAUGGUCCGAUCCGAAGCGAACGCAAUGCCCUCGCUGUUCAUCGCCGAAGGUCUCCAAAAGGGCCCAGCACCAUCUCAUUCAAAUGCUCCGGUGAAUUCGAGUGAACGCGACCGGCAAAAAUCGUCUUUCAAAGCCGGUUUCUACAUGGACGAAGCCUACAUCGCCCCCGCAAAUUCCGACGAAAAAUCGCCCACAUCUCUUGAAAAGGUAUACCCCGAAGCUCAAGCUUCCUACUAUAACCUUCUCCGACACCGAUUUCUACUCCUCCGAUCCACCUUGAGGUGCAGCCCUCCCGCCGCGGCGAUCGCCGGCCUCGACGACUCACACCCUAUCAGCCUCCCGCGAAAUCACGCACCGGCACGCAAGGAAUGGCGACGCCUGACCCUUGUGGUUGAUCCUCAGAUGGUGCAGCUUGCCUGUAUGGACUCGGAGAGUGUGCUGAGUGUGUUGCAGGUGAUCGCGCGGGGGCUGUCGGAUAAUGUACGAAGUGGCGAUACCGCGGGUAUAAGGCGCCUGGGUGCCUGGAUAUGGGGCCUACUGGGAAAGUGUCGCGAAGUUGGAGAACUUUCUACAGAGGAAGUGGGUGAGAUACGUGAUCUCGGGAAACGCGCCGCGAAGAUACUUGAAAAGGUUCGAGAGGCAGAGGAGGCGGGCGAGGAGGCCGAAGAGGAGGAGGCCUACGAAGAUUCAAUCCCCGGCGAGGCCUACCAAGAUGGUCAAGAGGAACCAGCAACUCUAUCAACGGAGCACAAAGCUGAAUAUUUGGAUACACAUGACGUGGAGAUGGCUAGUGAUGCCGACCGACCAGAUGAACUGGCGGCAGCAAAGGCGAGGCUACAGGCCAGGCUACGAGAUAGUGAAGACGCCAUACCGGAUGAUAAUACCGAUCGGGAGACUCGGGUGAAACAGAUCCGUGCCAUGCUUGAUAUGAUCAUCACCGUUGUGGGCGAAUUCUUUGGGCAGCGAGAUCUCUUGGAGGCACGAGAGGUUUGGACUGGGCCGCAAACUCCACCCUGA